AACAGUUAGUCGUGAGGAACUCAAGUGUUUGGUGAUGCUUCCUGGUUGGUCACAUUGUGUGUGAGGAAAUGGGAAGGAUAGUUGACCAAUUCUGGAGCAUAACUCAACACUGAGGUUUUGCAUUGUGCGUAUUAAAAGUGCCUUAUCUAUCAGGUGCACACAGUACGUGAAAAGUGUACUCUGCCAAUGUUAAAAUUUCAGCUUUUCCAUAUUACAUGCUUUCAACACUUUUCAAAACAAAUUAUGCAAGUUGCAACGUGAAAUUCACUUGAAGUGGAAACAAAUUAGUCUGCAGGCAUCCAUGAAUGGGUCCUGGAAUCUGAAAUGACAACUUCAAACCGAUGUCCUGGUCAAUUUCGGGUUUAGGUCCUUGACACGUUUUUUUGUGCCUCCUGUUAUCAUAGACAUGUAAACCCAGCAUCGUGUCAAUCAGUGAAACUGGUGUCCCGGACAGAUAUUGCUUCUAACUUUCUGACAAAUACGAGGCUUGGAAUUUGCCCCAAAAUGGCUGUUUCAAACCAAAAUGUCCAUCUUUAUGUUCGUGCAUAGGUCCUUGAGACUUUUUUGUAUAAGCAGUAUGGAAAAUGAAUAAAUGAAUGAAUAAUACAAUUGUAUUAAUUUGAAAAUUCAGCCCCCGAAGCCAGUUUCACUUAGCAACUUGAAAUUUGGUAAGCAUAUCUCUAUCAUGAGUAGAUCCAAAGUAGAUGUGAGUAGAUCUCAAAACGGUUUGAAGAAGCCAUUUUAAGUUAAUUUUGGUCCUUAGAAUCUUUAGAGAAUUCAGCCCCCAAGGCCCUUACUUAGCAAUAUGAAAUUUGGUCAAUCAUGAGUGGAUUUUGUCCAAUUGCUACAAAAUUUCAACCAUGUACUUUACACUAUACAAAUGGACAAUGCUAAAUUGCCCAAAAUUUUGCACUUUUUUCAUUGCAUGUGGACUGAUCAUGGCGAUGAUGAUGAUGCACCACAGUAAAGGAAGUCUCACUAGUGCGGUAACAGCCCUCAAGCUCACAACGCCAACAACAUGGGGGUCGGAGAUGACAGCAGACCAGGGAGGCUGAGUCUCCGCUUUUCCCGCUUGAGUGGCAGGCGUCAAUCCCGCAUGUCCGGUCAUCCAGACAGAUCCCCUGCUCCGCCCCCGCAGCAACUGGCUCAGCAAGAUGACAGGGUUUCUCUGCCAGACCCUGUCUCACUUCCAGCUCCAGUUCCGCAUCGAGUUCCAUCCCCGGCUCUGGUGCCCUUUGCCCCAGCCACGAAAAUGCCUCCCAAACGGCCGGACAAAGCUACCAAGCCCAAACUGCCCCCUCGGCCUCUUUCCAAGGGGUUCAGUAGUACUGAACACAGCUUGGAUGUGUUACAGGGUUUGAAUGCUUUCCGGGCAAGCGACAUCCUGUGCGAUGUCGUGUUGGUUCCCGGAGACAGUCACGAAACUUUCCCAGUGCACCGAGUCAUCAUGGCAUCAUCCAGUGACUACUUCAAAGCUAUGUUCACAGGAGGUAUGCGCGAGACAGAUAUGCGUGAGAUCAAGCUGCACGGCGUCACCAAGUUGGGCCUGAAGAACAUUUUAGACUUCAUCUACACGUCAAAAAUUAACCUGGACAUGGGUAACCUCCAAGAGACCCUGGAGGCUGCCAACUUCCUUCAGGUCAUCCCGGUGCUUUCCUUCUGCAACCAGCUUAUGAGCAGUGAGAUCACAGUUGAUAAUUGUGUGGAGGUGGAGUGCAUUGCAUCUGACUUACUCCUGGAGGAUUUGCAGUGCAACGUUGCCGAGUUUGUGAGCCGCAACCUGUGCGCCCUGGUGCAGUGCGGUCGCUAUCUGCAACUCUCCAAGAAGACCAUCGCCGGAGCCUUGGCCAGCAACUCUCUGAAGGGACUCUCUGAAAUGGAGCUCUACCAAAUCGCCAAAGGUUGGCUGGCUCACGACCCUGCCAAGCGGCGCCAUUCGGUCUACGCCUUGAUGCGUCACAUUCGCUUCCCCCUGAUGAGCCCCUCCGAGCUGAUCCAGAUCUCCCAUGAAGAAGACGUACAGGAUGAGGAAGGAGACUCCCUGAUGCGUUCCGAGACCUCCUGUGUCAACCUCCUGUUGGAGGCCAGUAACUAUCAGAUGAUGCCCUUCAUGCAGCCAGCUCUCCAAAGUGAGCGCACACGGAUCCGGUCAGAUGCCACCCACAUUGUGGCACUGGGCGGUGUCAUGCGGCAGCAGCUGGUGGUGAGCCGUGAGUUGAGGAUGUAUGAUGGCAAGACGGGUCAAUGGAGAGCCCUCAAGCCCAUGAAGGUGCCGUGUUACCAGCAUGGCCUGGCCCUUCUGGGCGGGUUCCUCUUCAUCGUUGGAGGUCAAAGUACCUAUGACACCAAGGGUAAGACAGCCAUCGAUAGCGCCUACCGCUAUGACCCACGCUUCAACGUGUGGCUUCAGAUUGCUUCACUCAAAGAGAAGAGGACCUUCUUCCACCUUAGUGCUCUGAAGGGGAAACUCUACGCUGUCGGUGGAAGAAAUGCAGUGGGAGAGAUCGAGUCGGUGGAGUGCUACAACCUGAAGACAAACGAGUGGAGCUUCGUGAGCAGCAUGGCCAAGUCUCACUACGGACACGCUGGGACGGUACACGGCGACAGCAUGUACAUCUCAGGUGGCAUCACCCACGACACCUUCCAGAGGGAACUGUGGUGCUAUGACCCGGCAGGGGACGCGUGGACCCGGCGGGCGGACAUGAUGGAGCUCCGGGGCCUGCACUGUAUGUGCACCGUGGGGGACCGCCUCUUUGUCAUGGGUGGCAACCACUUCCAGGGCAGGAGCGACUAUGACGAUGUGCUGAGCUGCGAGUACUACAGCCCCACAAAUGACCAGUGGACGGUGGUGGCACCCAUGCCGCGUGGCCAGAGUGACGUGGGCGUCACCGUAUUCCAGGGCCAGAUCUACGUGGUGGGCGGGUACUCGUGGAACAGCCGCUGCAUGGUGGACAUCGUGCAGCACUACGACCCCGAGGGGGACACGUGGGACCGCGUGUUUGACAUCUUGGAGCCUCUGGGCGGGAUUCGAGCCUGUACCAUGACUGUUCAUCUGCCGGAGGACUCGGUAGACGAGGCUCAGAUCCAGGAGGGACCCCUGCCCACAGGGGAGAACUAAAAUUUGGGAGCAAUUGGACAGAAUCUCUAGGAAAAUUUUGUCUUUGAAGGACUCCUGGAAAUGAUCAAAAUGCUGAUUUAAAUUGGCUUCAAACCAAAAUGGCAGACUCCUGUGCAUUUUACAGCACGGCUUUUUGAGACUUUUUUUGUGGGUCUACUUAUGAUAGUCAUGCCUACCGAAUUUCAUGUUGCGAAGUGAAACUGUUUUCAGGGGUUAAAUUCAUUUUUGUGUGUUCAAUGCAGCAGGGUGGUCCUGAUCGUUAUGUAACCUUAAAAUGGCCGUUUCAAACCAAAGACACAGGAAGUCUUCUGUAUCUUUUCAAGCAUGGUUUGUUGAGACUUUUUGUGGGUCUACUCCUGAUGCACAUGGUGACCCAGUUUCAUUUGGCUAAGUGAAAUUGACUUCAGAGGCUGAAUUCUUGAAACAUUCAUGUGCUGACUUAUUACUUUACUCAUGUUUUAUGGCAAAUCCUCAAACUUCAGCACCAUGCUCUGGCCACACACAAUGACAAAAACUCAAAAACCCAGAGAAUUCCCUUUGUCUAGUAUACAAGGUUCAGAUAUGGUAUCUAUCAGACAGAAAAAAAUCAAGUAGUAGUAUUGUAGUUCCUCUUUGAAGGGCCCCUAGAAAUGUCAAACAACCCUCACAUUGGCUGUUUCAAACCAAUAUGGCGAUUUCUUUGUGUUUUCAAGCACGGCUUCUUUUUUUUUUGUCAGGCUACUCAUGAUGGACGUCAAAUUUCAUGUUGCUAAGUCAAACUGGCUUCUGGGACUGAAUUUUCAAAUAACUACCAAACAUACAUUUUCACCAGGAGGAACAUGCAUCAAGAUAACCAUAAAACAGCUACUUCGAGCAAAAUGGCAGACUUCCUUUGUCUUUUUUUUCUUGAGACGUUUUUUGUGGUAAUACCCAUGAUAGACUUGCCUACCAAAUUACAGAUUGGUAAAUGAAUUUGGAUUCAGGGCUGAACGUUCGGCAAACUACCAAAUGUAAAUUUUCAUCAGGGUGAACACACCUGGAAGCUGACCCUAAGAUGGCCGCUUCAAACAUAAAUGACAGGUUUCCUUUGUCUUUUAGAGCAUGGCGUCUUGAGAGUUUUGUACGCCGGUCUACUUAUGAUAGUCAUCCCAACCAAAUUUCACAAUGCUAAAUGAAUCUGGUUUCAUUGGCUGAAUUUUCAAAUAAUUACCAAACAUACAUUUUCCCCUGGAUGAACCUGCCUGCUAGAUGACCAUAAAAUGGCCACUUUGAACCAAAAUGGUAGACUUGCGGUCUCUUUUCAUGCGUGGCUUCUUGAGACUUCUUUGUGAGUCUACUACUAUAGAAAUGCCAACCAAAUUUCACGCUGCUAAGUGAAUCAGGCUGCAGGGGCUGAAUUUCCCAAAAAUUCUGUGGGUAUGACAGAUCAGAUUUUUGUUUGGUCACGGCCCAAAUUGCUAAAGAAACAAAGCAAUGUUUAGUUAGGACCGAUAUGGAACCUGCAGGAAUGUUAGUACUAAUGAUGAUUUUCCCCUUUUUUGUAAUUUCCCUAAACAAAGGUCAUUUGCACAGCAUUGACAAAGCUCUGCACUGUGGCUCAUUCCGAGCUGGUUAUGUCCAAGCAUUAGCUCCAGUCAUGAGUUUGGAUCCCUGCUAGCUUGUGGCCACAAAACCUGUGUUUGUGUCACAUAUUCCCAGCCUGGUGUCUUGAUGCUAGCUGGCAACAUGUUAGCAAUGCUCAUGUCACCAUUGAAAGAUUUCCCGCUUGCGUCUCUCAAUUAUUUUUUACGUCAACAUACUAGGUAGCUACAUGUUAGCGUCACUAACAUCAACAUCAGGAGAUUUCCCAGUUGCGUUACAUAAUCCCUAGUUUUACAUCAACCUGUUAGGUAGCUACGUGUUCGCAUGGCUAGUAGCAUCAUUUUGUGAUUUUUUUUUUUUUUUUUUAGUAUAUUCCCAUUUUUCCAAAUAAAAAAU